GUUUUGUUCUUAAUCUUUAGUACUUCGUCCCCAGUCAUGGCGGAUGCAGAUACUUCCCGCCUCUGUAUUCAGAUUGUCCAGUCACACUUCGGUCCAUUAACGGCGAAUGUCGCAUCUGCACUACUGACGCGGGGAAGACUUUCCCUCGUCCAACUCAUUCGUUACACGAGGAUGAAACCGCGCAUAGUUCGCGCAGCAAUCCUGGUUCUAGUGCAACAGAAUAUCUUAUGGCAUUCUAAAACCGAAGAGGAGGGUGACAUGUUGGAGUUUAAUACACUGGAGUGUCUUAUGCGUCUUAGAUUUGGUCGUUUCGUGUGGCAGGCGGAGCAGUUGUUUGGACCUUCUGGCGCAGAAAUUGUGCAGCUAAUACUAGACCACGGAAAACUUCAGCCGCCAGACAUCAUUUCACAGCUGUCAUUUUACAACCCAAAAAGCUCAAGCCUAUACUCGCAAACAUUGUACAAGCUUGUGUCCGGCGCAUAUCUCAAGCCAUCCACAUUACUCUCACAUCACUCACCCAGAGACAAACGUAUCAAGUAUGAAGCAGAAGAGAAAGCUAAGAUAAGUGGUUUCCCGACAGCGAAGGAAUUGCGAGAGGCGCAAGAGACUGCGGAGGCGCGGUUGAAACGGGAGGAGGAAGAAGCAGAGAGUGUAGGUUUGAAGCGGAAGCGAAAAGAUCAGAUCAGCCAGCGGUCGACCAAGCGAAAAGUGUCAGAAGAGGACACGGUUGACGAUGAGGUCUACUUUCGGGUAAAUUUCGACAAAUUUAAUACCUAUAUCCGUAACGAGCUCGUCGAGAUGGCUGCAGGAGAGCGUUUCAAUCGAAGUGCCGCUCUUGUCAUGCGAGCCACGCUAAAAGCGACUGAAGCCAAACAGACAAGUAUAUCUGAUCCAAGAUCAGAUCCUACCUCAACAGCUGCGAUUGCCAUGCUUAUUUCCGACGACGACAACCUUUCAAUAGGUCUUGUCACGUCAACAAAAAAAGCGUCUAGUGCUUCACUAGUCAAGGAUUAUCUCGGUCUAAUGUCUGCCGUAGACAAUCCAACACCGGUUGGCAAAGCGUCAUCGUUCAUAAAUCUAAGUGACAACAAGGUAUACGUUGAGUUUGAGAUAAUUAGCAGACGCCUUCGAAGGCGCGUGCUGGAGGCAGUGGCUCGGGAACGACACGGGGACGACGGCGUGAGGAUAGUGCGCUUACUGCUCGAUGUUGGAAAGAUGGAUGAGAAGCAGAUAGCGAAAGUGGCCAUGAUGCCAAAUAACGCUGUUCGGCCACUGCUUGCGGCGCUCUCAUCCGACUUUCUGAUUUCAACUCAAGAGGUACCCAGAAGCGCUGACCGUAAUCCCACCCGAACAUUUUAUCUAUGGCACGUUGAUCUACACAAGGCAUACUCGGCGCUCUUGGGACACUUGUACAAGACGCUGUAUAACGUAGGCGUGCGCCGACAGGCAGAACAAGAGGAGCCAACUGUGAAAGCCGUGCUAGCAAAGCGGGAGCGGACGGACGUUGCUCAAGAUGAAAACCUUUUGUCGCGGAUGGAGCGGGACGUGCUCAAGGAGUGGGAGACGAAGCGAGAGAAACUCACUGUACUGGAGAUGAGGGUGGAAGAAGCCGUAUUUAUUCUUAGGGAUCUCGACAAGGUUGGAAGCAAGGAGGACAUUUGAAUAAAAAGAUAUUCCAUAAACACCAUGGCGGGUAUGAUAUAUGAUACAUCGUACACGGAAUAGGUGUUGUAUAUUUUCAAGCUGUAGAAUUGUGAUUGUGCCUGUUCGGUCGGUCUCGUGCUCUAUUCAAUGUUCUCCACGAUUG